CAUCCUGUGCUGCUUUUGUUUGCUGAGAACAGGAACAAGCCACCAGGAUGCCAGCAUUGCCUCUGGAUGAACUCCAGCUGACUGAGAGGGAUCCCAAGACAGGGAAGCUGAGAACCUUACCAGCACUGCACCCAGAAAUUAAGGCAGAUCGGUCAUUUGUGCUGUACAAACCCCCUCCUGCCAUCAGAGACCCUGCUCUGGUGGAAGAGUUCCUGGAGCGAGCAAAAUUCAUUGCAGAUGACCUGAACUGGCUUCUGGCUUUGCCUCAUGACAAAUUCUGGUGCCAGGUGAUAUUUGAUGAGACCCUGCAGAAGUGUUUGGAUUCCUACCUGCGCUCUGCCCCUCGCAAGUUUGACGCUCUUUGGGAUUGCCAUCCAGAGGUGAAUGAGCUGCAGAAAUGCCUCCAUCGGAGUGUCUUCCUCACGUUCCUCAGGAUGUCCACCCACAAGGAAUCCAAGGAUCAUUUUAUCACUCCCUCUGUCUUUGGAAAAAUUAUUUACAAUAACUUCCUGUUUGAUAUCCCCAAGAUUCUGGAUCUCUGUGUCCUUUUUGGGAAAGGAAAUGGCCUCCUGCUCCAGAAGAUGAUUGGAAAUAUCUUCACUCAGCAGCCCAGUUACUUCAGUGACCUUGAUGAAACUCUGCCCACUGUCCUCCAGGUGUUCAACAAUAUUUUGCACAAGUGUGGUUUGCAGUGUGAAGGGGCCUGUGCUGAGCCCCAGAAACUGGAAGAGAAAGUCAGUGUGACUGCAGGGAACAUGCCCCUCCAGGAGCUGAAGGACAUUGUGCUGUAUUUAUGUGAUACCUGCACAACUCUCUGGGCUUUUCUUGAUGUCUUUCCCUUGGCUUGCCAGACCUUCCAAAAACACGAGUUUUGUUACAGAUUAGCUUCAUUUUAUGAGCUGGCAAUUCCUGAGCUGGAAUCUGCAAUCAAGAAGAGGCAUUAUGAAGAUAACAGUGUUUUUGCUGAUUUGUGGAGGAGGAUUUCACACUCCAGAAAGAAGAUGAUAGAAGUUUUUCACAUCCUAAUAAACCAAGUCUGUCUGCAGCCCAUCCUGGAGAGCAGCUGUGAGAAUAUUCAGCCAUUUAUUGAGGAAUUUCUGCAGAUCUUCACCUCGGUGCUUCAGGAAAGGAGAUUUCUCCGUGACUACGAUGAGCUGUUCCCUGUUGAGGAUGAUGUGAGUCUGCUCCAGCAGGCAUCUUCUGCACUAGACGAGACCAGGACAGCCUAUAUCCUCCAAGCAGUGGAAAGUGCCUGGGAAGGGGUAGACAGGAAAAAAGGACAAGCUGUUAAAGAUCCAGCAGUGUCAAACGGAGCUUCAGCACUAGUGGAGAGCACCCCUGAGGACGGGGAGCACCCACGGGCUGCAUGUGCCCUGGAGGAUGAGUGUGCCGGCGCUGCGGCUGCACCCAUCGCCUGCGUGUCCGGUGUGGAGCUGGAAUCCCUCAUCUCCCAAGUGAAGGAUCUGCUGCCAGACCUUGGAGAGGGAUUCAUCCUGGCCUGCCUGGAGGAGUAUGGAUAUGACACAGAGCAGGUGAUCAACAACAUCCUGGAAGAUAAGCUGGUGCCAUACCUGGAUAAGCUGGACCGAAGGAUGCAAAGACAGCUGAAGCCAGAUCCUACCCCUCUGGUCAGCUCUCGCUGUAACGUUUUCCAGAAUGAUGAGUUUGAUGUUUUCAGUAGGGAUGCAGUGGAUGUGUCUCGGAUCCAGAAAGGCAAGAGGAGGGAGAAGGACACGACCCGGAGCUUGGUGAAUGACAAGCGGCUGGUGACAGAGCAGAGGGAGCGCUACAGCCAGUACAGCGUGGUGCUGGAGGAGCUGCCCCUGGAGCCGGGUGCAGCACAGCACUACGAGGACUACGAGGAUGAGUACGACGACACCUACGAUGGGAACCAAGUGGGCGCUAACGACGCUGACUCGGAUGACGAGCUCAUCUCCAGGAGGCCAUUCACAAUUCCUCAGGUCUUGAGACCUAAAGGACAGGAUGAAGGACAGGAGACAGAGGAAGAAGAUGAAGAGGAGGAGGAGGAAGCUGAAAAGGAAAGAACAAAGGACCACUUUGUGCAGGACCCGGCAGUCCUGCGGGAGAGGGCUGAAGCCAGGCGCCAGGCAUUCCUUGCCAGGAAGGGGUACAAGCACGACAGCUCUGCCGUUGUUGGGAAUGCCAAGGGCCACGGGCAGAACCGGGAGACGGUGCAGGAGCGGAGGAAGAAAGAAGCAAACAAAAGCACAAGAGCCAACCACAACCGCCGGGCCAUGGCCGACAGGAAGCGCAGCAAGGGCAUGAUCCCUUCCUGAGCAGCUCCUGGGGCAGGGGCUGCACCGUCCCCAGGCCCUGCCCAGGAGAAGGCUCCGUUUCCUCAGCAUUCCCUUUGCUCAGGGGAUGGAUGUUGUGUGCAAUACCCAGCACCUGGGCUCACACGGAGCUGCAUUCCCUGUGGGAGUUGCCCUGACUGUGUGCCAAUGGCUGCACCAAUACACGGGACAGGCUGCAGCAGCCAUUCCUGCCCUUUUGUACUAUUUAUAA